UCGUUCCGCUCGUGUGGGGAGGCCGCGUCGCGCGCGUCCAGAAAUAACGAAACUACUUUUUCGCAGACAGAUCCGUUGAAGAAACCGGUUUGAAAGUGACUAAGGUGUGGCGUGGGCGAUUAUUGUGGCUCGUUUUAACCAUAUUUUAUUCCUUAACCGUGAAAAAUCGGGGUUUAGUACGACUUUUUAACUUUGAAAGUGGUAAAAGUGCUACAUGACUCACUUACUAUUGGAUUUCUGAACGUUAUCAAGAUUAUUGAGAUUGAGCGGGAGGGAAGAUUUACCGCGCAGGAGUGAGCGGGACAGCCUCUAGUCCAGUUCAGAACCGGUUGAAGAAGGAUACAAGUUUAUUUUUUUUAGUGGUCGUUUUCGAACGCUCUCUCUAGUUUUAGAGUUUGGUUUUGGAAUGCUGUGAGUGUGGUUCGUGGAUUUGAGCAGAAUAAAGUGUUCCAUUUUUGAAAGUGGCGCGAAUUUGUCUCAAGAUGGCUGUGCUUCCCGCGCUUUUCGGAUUGCUCCUGGCUGCUUUUGUAUCAGGUCAAAAUGUGGACAUCACCCCCCGCGAGGCGGUGCGGAGGGUGGGGGACGAGGUCACGGUGCUGUGCAAGGUGGCCUACCCGAUUGACUCGUGUCGUAUGACGGUGGGCAAGGUGUCGUACCGGCUGCUGCCGAGCGUGCAGGAGGGAGAUGUGGUCUACUCGGGACAAGGACUUGAGCAAGGCGAGUGCGGCGCGCACAUCCGCAACGUGCGGGAGGAGUGGAACGGGCUCGUGGAGUGCGUGCUGCCGCCCAGCACCGGCAGUAUCGAGAUCGUCGGCAAGAUGGCGCUAGUUGUCGCACGCGCGCCGUCCCCGCCCCUGCUGCUGGCGCCGCCGCAGCCCGUGUUCAAGGAGGGCGACGUGCUGCAGGCGCAGUGCGUGGUGGCUGGAGGCCGACCUGCUGCUAAGAUCACCUGGAUGUUGGACGACAUCCAAGUAGUCGACGGCCUGCACCAGCCAAUCAUAACGUCGGAACCUGGCUCGGACCUCAAGACGAUCAGCCAGAACAUCACGCGCCAUCUGUUGGCGGACGAUGGCAACCGGCGCCUGGUCUGCAAGGCCGAGCACGAGGCCAUGGACCAGCCGAGGUUCGCGCAGAGACAGCUGCAGGUUAUCUACCCCCCAAAGCGCACUGAACCUGGCCCCAUCACGAUCUUCGGCCUCAAGCUGGGAGCUGAGGGCCGCCUUAACGUGACCAUCCGCGCCAACCCCCCGCCGUACGUCGAGUGGACUGUUGGCGACCAGAGACUGACUCCGCUGAGGGUUAGCGAGGAUGGUACCAUCACCGCUUUGGAACCUGAGGCGCUGGGUAACGGCUACUACAACUGCACCCUGCUGCUCGCCCACAUCGCGAAGGAGGACGUGGAGAGGACGUACUACCUGAAGGUCACCAACGACCUGGGGGCUGAAGAGUUCGCCGUCCGGCUGAGCACCAUGGACGAGCCUGCUGGACCUCCAAGUUCCGGCAGUGUCGAACUUGGUACUGGUGCCAUCGUGGGCAUCGUGAUCGCCGUGCUCGUGCUCCUCGUGGCUGUGUUCCUCAUUGUCUUUGCGAAGGCCACUGACAGAUGGUGUUUUGGCGGGCGGUCGCAUCGCACGGACAUUCCCGACGGCGCCGACUCAGAGGCCCCCCUGCCCCCGCACGACGACACCAAGGGGUCGGAGAACCCCUCCCACGACCACGGCGACUACAUCAGCAACGGCAACGCGAAACACCCGGAGAAAAAACCCGAUACUGCCGUUUAAACAGCAUAAAACCCGGAUUAUUAAGGGGGGGGUGUUGAGGACUGUUUCGUUUCGUGCCAGAGUUUUUUUUUGUUUUUACCGAGAUGAGAUUUUGUGAGUGUAACUGGCCUAUUCCGUUUUUGUAAUGGUUUUUUUUAGACUUUGGGGUAUUUUACAGAUUUUUUCGGCCGUUUUUCGUAAAAGAAAUCUUUGCUACUUUUAUCUACUUAAAUACAUAAUAAAAAACAUAUAAGAAAUUAAGGACUUUUGAAUGUAGCGAAAGAAUAUUGUAAUAGUUAGGUAAAUGUUAGAAUCUCAUUCAAUUUUUAAUGUUUAAAUGGAGUCAAUGUUGUAAACAACGAAGUUACGGAUCACAGUAUAAAUAAUGUAUGAUCUUAUUCGAAAUUCGUAAAUUUUACAUAGAUUUUUUGGGAUUCAUAUUUAUUUGUACUAAAAAUAUAAAAUUUUACAUCACUCCACAUUUUUUGAAUCCCUCAAAACGUAUGUAACUUGGUAUUCUUACAUAACAUUUAGAAAUUUAAGAAAAAAAUAUUCCAUGACCUUGUAACGACAUGAUUGCCACUAUUUGUAAUAAUUAAACCGCUUUGUAUUUUCUUUUUAUAUCAUGAAGACACGUGACUUAUUUAAAAAAAGCAUAGUUUUUAAGAAACAAAACUUUAUUGUAAUUAUUGUAUUAAGUAAGUUGAAAUAUCUCACCUUUUAUGUGUUAUUAUAAAAUAUUGCCCUCUUUUUAUAAAUAUAGAAAAAGAUGUGUUUCCGAUCUAAUUUUUCCCACUUAAAAUACAUUUAAAAAUCUUUUUGUUGUGUUUAUAUUAUGAGGGGUACUGUAAGUACAUAUUUUUUUAAGAGUAUUGUGUUCGAUUCACCUUAAUAUAAUUUCUGUACAUACCUAGGUACGUUGUAGCUCGAAACAUGUCACUCAACUUAAGAAUACAUACGCCUAGACUGUGUAGCCAUUAAUUACUAAAUUCUCCAAAUUAUUUGUGAAGACAUUUCACCGUUUUCUAGUAUAUUAGUAGUCAUGAUGAUUGGAAAAUUAUAAUUUAAACUUUUAAUUGCUGAUCAACAAUUACUAAACAUGCGACGAUGCAAUUAAAAAAGUCACAAAUCCAUGUGAAAUUAUUAUUGCAAAUAUUUUUUACUUGUUCACUAAGUUAGAUAUGUUAAGUAAGCCAGCAUUGUGAUUUUUUAGUAUUUUUAACUUAAUACUAAGGAGUUAUUUUUGUACCAAUUACUUAGAUUUUAUUUUAUCUACCAACGCCAAGUUUGUCUACUUUUUUAUAUAAAAUUUUUAGUGUCAAUUAGUAUUGUGCAUUCCUAAAAAAGGACAUUUAUCUUAAAACCACUGCCAUUUAUGCACCUAUUGCCAAAAGACUAUUAAUUAUUAAAAUACUCGCUUAAAAUCGCUCUUUUUUACGUUAUCCCAACAAUUUUUAUGCUAAAACAAGCAUUUUCUAUAGUGUGUUAAAGUAAAAAAUAAAUACUUACGAUAGAUAGAAAUAUUACGUGCAGUUUCUUGAUAAUUCAAACUUGUAAUAAUGUUUAUAAAAAUUGUCUACUACGUACGUUAAAUGAAUAUCGAAAUAUUAUUGAUAUAUAAAGUAUUUAUUAAAUAAGAA